AUGGGAGACAAUUAUAAUAAUGUUGAUGUGUCCACUUUGAACCUUGAAAAUACAUUCAGCAUGAAAGGUGGUAAAGGAGAGGCUAGUUAUGCCAACAACUCUAAGGCCCAGGCAAUCCAUGCAAGAUCCAUGCUACACCUUCUAGAGGAAACCCUAGAUAGGGUGAAACUGGAGUCGCCGGAAUUCCCAUUUGUGGUGGCAGACUUGGGCUGUUCCUCCGGUAGCAACACAAUAAAUAUGGUGGAUGUGAUUGUGAAACACAUGAUCAAAAGAUACGAUGAAUCGGGUUACAAUAAACUGCCUGAAUUCUCUGCUUUCUUCUCAGACCUUCCCUCGAAUGAUUUCAACACUCUUUUUCAACUUCUUCCUCCUAUGAUCAUGAACUACAAUAUCAGCCACAACAUCAACAGGGAGGAACUAUGUCUUGCACCCUCCGGCCACCGCCGACCUUACUUUGCCGCCGGUGUUCCGGGCUCCUUCUAUAGGAGGCUCUUCCCAACCAGAUUUGUUAACAUUUUCUACUCAGCAUUUUCUUUGCAUUGGCUCUCUCAGGUUCCGGAGACAGUGAUUGACAAGAGAUCAUCUGCUUAUAACAGAGGAAAGAUUUUCAUCCAUGGUGCAGAUGAGAUGAUAACCAAUGCUUACAAGAAACAGUUCCAAACUGGUUUGGCCUCAUUUCUAAGGGCAAGAUCAAUGGAGAUGAAGAGUGGUGGGUCCAUGUUCUUGGUAUGUCUUGGGAGGACAUCUGCGGAUCCCACAGACCAAGGUGGGGCUGGCCUACUCUUUGGGACUCACUUUCAGGAUGCUUGGGAUGAUCUUGUCCAAGAGGGUCUAAUUAGCAGCGAAAAACGCGAUGACUUUAACAUUCCGAUUUAUGCCUCAAGUAUACAAGACUUUAAAGAGGUAGUGGAGAAAGACGGUUCAUUCUCUAUUAACAAUAUUCAACUUUUCAAAGGAGGUAGUCCGUUGGUGGUUAAUUGCCCAGACGAUGAUGUUGAGGUGGGGCGAGCCUUUGUCAACAAUUGUAGGUCGGUAAGUGGAGUGCUCGUUGAUGCUCAUAUCGGGGAUGACCUUAGCGAAGAGCUAUUUCAAAGGGUUGAGCGUCGAGCCACGAUCAAUGCCAAGGAGCUUAUAGAGCAGUUACAAUUCUUUCAUAUAGUUGCAUCUCUAUCAUUUGCAUAGCCAUUUGUGUUUGAUGAUUUACCUUAUGUUUUUAUAAAUAGACUGUCCCUUUUAUUUUAUUUUUUGCUUAAAUAGACAAACCUUUACCUUCUUAUUUAUUAGAGUUCUUGGAUGUAACUAGGAGAAAAAAUGGAAAUGGUUGUUUGCUUUAUGGAAAUACAUUAUUAUUAUUAUUAUUAUUAUUAUUUGAAUGUCAAUUUGGUCUUUUA